AUGGGAUUGGGAGACAACGUGACCAACACUGCGGCUGGCGCAGCCGAGGGAGCUCAAAGUAAGGCAGGCCAAGUAGCGACGACCGGCGACUCCGCGCGGGGCGGUCUUGGAGGACGGUCGGGCACCCAGACGACAAGUACUGGCGCUCCCGCAGGCGUGACCGAAUCAGGCAACGGCGACAAGCCCAGCAGCUUGAAGAUUCACAUCCAGCUGGACCUGGACGUUGAGAUACAUCUGGAGGCUCGCAUCAAGGGUGAUAUCACCAUCGGGCUGCUGUGA